AUGUACUCCCUUGGUGAUCAGUCUCUGGUGCAAUAUCAGAAACAUGUGGAAGAAGAUGGAGUGGCAGAUAUGACCCAGCUGGAAGACCUACAUGAUGGUGCAGUGUUGUACAAUUUAAAGAAGAGGUUUGAACAACAUAUUAUAUAUACAUACAUUGGCACCAUCCUUUUAUCUGUAAAUCCAUAUAAAAUGUACAACAUUUAUGGGACCGAUACAGUGAUGAAAUAUAAAGGGAAAUCAUUUGCAGAAAAUCCACCCCAUCUCUUUGCCAUUGCUAAUGUGGCCUAUUCAAAAAUGGUUGAUGCCAAACACAAUCAGUGCAUUAUAGUCAGUGGUGAAAGUGGAUCAGGCAAGACUGAAGCCACCAAACUGGUCCUCUGUUAUCUAGCUUCUGUACACCACACACGCAAGGACAAUGCGACACAACAGAUCCUUGAAGCCACACCCCUUUUGGAAUCCUUUGGAAAUGCCAAAACUGUUCGAAAUGAUAACUCCAGUAGAUUUGGAAAGUACAUUGAAAUAUUUUUGCAAGAUGGGGUGAUAUGUGGUGCCAUAACCUCGCAGUAUCUCCUUGAGAAGUCGAGGAUUGUGUUUCAGGCCAAAAAUGAAAGGAAUUACCAUAUUUUCUAUGAGAUGCUGGCGGGACUCUCGAGCCAACAGAAGCAAGGAUUCUAUCUUCAGGAGGCUGAAACAUACUACUACCUGAAUCAGGGAGGAAACUGUGAAAUUUCUGGGAAAGAUGAUGGGGAGGAUUUUCACAGGCUACUCAGCUCAAUGGAGAUGCUCAGUUUUAGUCCAGAUGAACAAAACAGCAUCUUCCGCAUUCUCUCUUCAGUUCUUCACCUUGGGAAUGUCUACUUUGAGAAAUAUGAGACAGACUCACAGGAGAUUGCUUCAGUGGUAAGUGCUCGUGAGAUUCGAGUGGUGGCAGAACUGUUACAGAUCUCUCCUGAGGGGCUGCAGAGGUCCAUCACGUAUAAAGUGACAGAAACCGUGAGGGAGAGGAUUUUCACCCCUCUAACUGUGGAAAGUGCAGUUGAUGCCAGAGAUGCUGUUGCCAAGAUUCUUUAUUCCAUGCUGUUCAGUUGGCUCACUGACAGGAUCAACAAGUUGGUUUCCCCAAAGACAGAAUCCUUGUCCAUAGCCAUUUUAGAUAUUUAUGGAUUUGAGGAUUUGUGUGUAAACAGCUUUGAGCAGUUAUGUAUUAAUUAUGCUAAUGAGCACCUACAAUACUUCUUCAAUAAGAUCAUCUUCAAAUUGGAGCAGGAGGAAUAUAUCAGAGAACAGAUCGACUGGAAGGAAAUUACAUUUAGUGACAACCAGACUUGCCUUGAUCUCAUUUCACAGAAGCCUCAUGGGAUCCUUAGGAUAUUGGAUGACCAAAGCACCUUCCCACAGGCAACUGACCACACCUUCCUUCAAAAAUGUCACUAUCACCAUGGCAACAACCCUCUGUACUCAAAGCCAAAGAUGCCUCUGCCUGAGUUCUCCAUUAAACACUAUGCUGGGAAAGUGACAUAUCAAGUCUACAAAUUUAUUGAGAAGAAUCAUGACCAAGUUCGACAAGAUGUCAUGGAGUUGUUUGUCAACAGCAAAACAAAGGUUCUAAGUAGUCUCUUUUCUGGACAAACCAUGAAUGUGAUGUCAACCAGGAACAAUACUAUUAACCGCAGAUACCAGGCUCCCACUGUAGCAGCAAGAUUCCAACAGUCACUGAUGGAACUGGCAGAGAAGAUGGAAAGCUGCAAUCCUUUCUUUGUUCGCUGCAUCAAACCAAACAAUAAGAAGGAGUCCGAACUUUUUGAGGUUGAUGUUGUCAGCUUGCAGCUACGCUAUUCCGGAGUUCUGGAAACUAUCCGUAUCCGGAAGGAGGGAUAUCCUGUCCGUAUUACAUUUGAUAAUUUCAUCAAGAGGUACAAAAUCUUAUUGGGAUUGACACAUCAGAUAAAGGCAGACGGCGAGAACUGUAUAACCAUCUUGAAACAGAUUGUAUCUGUCAACAAAGGAAUGUACAGCAUCGGGCUCACCAAGCUUUUUCUUAAAGAGAAUUUAUAUCAUGCCUUGGAGAGUAAACGGGAUGGCCUCCUGCUUAUUGCCUCCCUCACCUUACAACGGUACGCACGUGGAUUCUUUGCAAGGAAACGUUACGUAAAGCUCCGGAAAACAGCCAUCCAGUUGCAGGCUUUGGCCAGAGGCUAUCUCGCCAGGAAAAAAUUCCAAACGUUUAAGGAAAGUUUGAUCAAAAUACGAUCCAUUGUCCUCAUGUUUACAAAUCGCAAAAGAUUUCUCAGACUACGAGAACAAAAACGUGCGAGGAUCGAGAUGGAACAAACAAUGAGAGAAGUGGUAAAUGUCGCUCACCUGGAUAUUCCUGCUGAGUUGUACUCCUUACUCCAAACAGCAGCAGCAGCUGGUAAAGAAAAUCAAACUGAUUGUAUUAUCCAGAUUGAAACUCCAAAAAUUCAAUCAGAGGAACAGCUAGUGAUGGCUCUUGACAUCAAUAACUAUCCUUUUUCCAACUUUGUACGGACUCACUUCAAGAAGCACUUAUUUGGUAUGUUGACCACUCCAUUGGAUGAAGCACUGACCCAAUCAGAAGAGGAUUUGAAAGAAGAAGCUGUUAUGGUCUUCAAGUUGAUAAUGAGAUUCAUGGGUGAUCCUUACCUCAAUGGAGCUCAAGAAAUCCUCUUUGGUGAUUACAUAGCGCAGAUUGGACUGGCUAACCCCAAUCUGAGAGAUGAAAUCCUUUCUCAAUUAGCCAAUCAGGUGUGGAGAAAUGUCAAUGAAAAGAAUGCAGAAAGGGGCUGGCUUUUAUUCGCUACUUGCCUGAGUUGUUUUGCUCCCUCUUCCAGGAUGGACAAGUACCUGUUAAAAUUUGUUUCAGAUCAUGCCUACAAUGGGUUUAAGUCUGUGUGUCAGCACAAGCUCAUGCAGGCAAUGCAAAAGGCCAGGUAUGGUGUGGAAGGAGUCAGAAGCUACCCACCGUGUCUGCUAGAAUGGACAGGCAACAAGAGGAAGGGCAACAUUGCUUUAAAAGUGUCCUGCUUUGAUGGUGUGAGCUUUCUGUGCCCAGUGAAUUCGUGGACCACAGGAGAGGAACUGGGUCAAGAUAUUCUGCAACACAGGGGUGUGACAGAAGGCUGGAAAGGAUGGUCAGUGGCAAGAAAGAGUAAAGGCGAAUGGGCUGAGCUUGGAGGUCAUGAUUAUGCAAUGGACCUUUUGUCUGAUCUGGAACUCAUGACAGAUUUCCCAAGGCAGAAAUCUUACUUCUUCAUUUCCUCUGAGGAAAAGUCAAGAAACCGGAAGAACAGAAAUGUUGUCUUUGGCCAUGGUUUCGACUCAGAUGAUGAUAUUCCCUGCCCUCCUGUCACACAGGCUUCUACCUAUAUGCCAAACUCAGCCAGACACAUUUCAGGAUCUGUUGGACAAGAUUCCAAUGUCCUCAAUGAAAACCGCUCUCAAAAAGGACUCGAUUGCUAUCUCGAUAGCCUGUUUGAUCCUGUUUUAUCGCAUGAAAAUGGGGAUUUGGAAAGAUCAUCCUUCGUGUCAGUUCGAAUGAAGGGAGGCGGGCAAGUAGGAGAUGGCAAUGGAGAUGAGACUCAGCAAAAUUCUGAGAGACCUACAGAGAUCCCUAGAGCUCAUCAAGGCUAUGACCCUUCUCAAUUGAAUGUCCAGCAGCAAGAUUUCAUUAACCAGCAAGCCUAUCUCCUGGCCCAGCAAAUGACCCUACAAGCCAUGACCCUUCAAAACCAAAUGAUUAGUAGUGCCAGCCCACAUAUCGCCUGCCUGAACCAUGAUCCCAAUGCUGCCUUGAAAACUAUCAGUAGCACCCACAGUACACCAGUUACAGCACCUAAACCAAAAGUGGCCUUCCCUCGUCAGACUAAUGCUGCCAACAAAGACCCAACCCAGCUGCUGAUCCCCCAUGAUGCUGCCAAAGGGAAGUUACCUGUCAACAGACCCAGUACUGCCGAAACCCCAAAAUCCAAACUUGCAACACAGGAUCCUGUGCGUCACACCACACUUAAUUCAGAGCACUUUCCUGAGCCAACACACAACAUCAAGGAUAUCAUCAGACAAUAUGAACAACCAGCAACUCAGAAGAAAACUGGGCUAAUCAGAAAAGAAGGUGGAAAGAUAUUCACAAAAAAAAUGGACCCUCAUGAAGAGGCAAUGUUUAUCUUGAAAGGACAGCUCACAGCCUUGCCACAACAAUCUCACCAAACAUGGCAGAAGCCAGCACCUGCACCGUCAAAGGAUAAGAAUUCCAAAGAAGCCGUUGCCAUGGUGAAGCCUGUCAGUGGCAGGACACGGAAGAGCAGCACCAGACCAGUGCCAGCUGUCUCUGCCAGGCACCCUGUGUUCUCGGGAGCUUCAGUUUCCCGGGAGCUGACAGGAGAAGAUGAGAGGAUCCAGACGCAGCUACAUGGGAGGCCCUCUGAGGGAUACUACACCUACAGCAAAAUGCCCUGCGACCUCUGUAUCCGCAAAGAGGUGUUUUAUCCCAAAGAAAGUUUCCACAGCCCGGUGAUACUGGAUCUUAUUUUCAGACAGAUUAUGAGCGACACAUUCUCUGAAACUUGUGUGAGACUGAAUAAAGAGGAACAGAUGAAGAUGAAAUCUUUACUAGCUGAAAACAAGAUUCCAUCCUCGACUCUGGUGAAGGAUGAAGCUGUCAAGAGGAAGAUUGUAAUGGCUGCCAGAGAAGCUUGGGAUGUUUAUUUCUGCCGUCUGUUCCCUGCCUCUGGCAGUGUGGGUACUGGAGUGCAGAUUCUGGGAGUCUCCCAUAAAGGAAUCUGUCUAUUAAAACUAGUGAGAGCCAGCAGCACAGCAGCAGAGAACCUGAGGGUCCUCAGAAGUUACAGCUACUCGGACAUCUUAUUCGUCACCAUCCCUUCUAAAAACAUGCUGGACUUCAACCUCACCAAUGAAAAGCUGAUUCUGUUUUCCUCCAAGGCUCCACAAGUUAAGAGUAUGAUUGAUUACUUCAUCACUGAACUGAAGAAGGAUUCUAACUAUGUAAUAGCAGUGAAGAGUCACAUCACAAAUAACAGCUCCUACCUACGAUUCCACAAGGGUGACAUCAUUCGUUUACAACCCAUGGAUGGUCUUAAGGAAGGUCAGUACCACUGCUACGGCUGUAUAGUCAGGAAGAAGGUCAUAUACCUCGAAGACAUAAAGAAAUACAUUCCUUAUUUUGGGUGGAAGUUUGGAGCAUUCCAUGGCAGGUCUGGGCUUUUCCCUGUGGAAUACGUGCAGCCUGUGGCUGCCCCAGAUUUUAUUCACCUAAGCACAGACAAGAAAGAAGAACCAAUGGACAAAAAGGGCAAAGUAGCAGCUUCAGCCUCAGCCACUGUGGCAGCUGCAGUGGGAUCGACAGCAGCAGCUGAAGAACUGGACAGAAAGUCAGAGGACUCCCCACCAGUCAAUGAGCUUAUGCAGAGUAUACCUGAAUAUGUCCUUCAGGAUAACCUGUACACCAUGAUUGAAUUUGCCAAGAAAUACUUCCGUCAGCCCCACAAAUUAAAAAGUGAGUUUACCAAAGAAAAGUCUAAAAAAGGCAGAGAUCCCAAGGACCCAGCUGAGAUGGUGAAGUAUACAAAGACUCCAAUCCAAGAGUCCCUGAUUGAAUUCUCUGAUGAGAAUUUGAACAAGGUGGCAGCUGAGAUCUUCAUUGCCGUUAUGAAAUUUAUGGGGGACCAUCCACUCAAAGGGCAGACAGAACAAGACACUGUCUAUAGUAUUCUUAAGCUGUGCGGGGAACAUGAAGUAAUGAAAGAUGAAACCUACUGCCAGAUUAUCAAACAGAUCACUGACAACACCAGCACAAAAACUGGUAGUGUUCAGCGGGGCUGGAGACUGCUCUAUAUCCUCACCGCCUAUUACAAGUGUUCAGAAGUGUUCAAGCCUUAUCUCUUCAAGUUGCUGGAGUCUGUUUGCAGGAUUCCUGGUGCCAGUUUUCAAGGAAUUGCCAAAGCUUGUGAUCACAACCUGAAGAAAACCUUCCAGUUUGGUGGCAGGACCCAGUUCCCAGAUGGCAUGGAGCUCAAAGCCAUGGUGGCUGGGAGAAGCUCCAAACGACAAAUGUUCUUGUUGCCUGGUAACAUGGAGAGACAUCUGAAGAUAAAAACCUGCACAGUUGCAGCUGAUGUGAUCGAAGAGUUUUGCAAUGAAAUGGGGCUUCAAAACCCAGAGGCUGCAAAUGAAUAUUGUAUGUUUGUUAUCAUCAACAAAGGACAAAACGUGCAUCCACUGAAAAAGAAAGACUACAUCCUUGAUGUAACUACCGAAAUGGAACAAGUCGAUCAAAACUUCACCUUCUGUUUCCGACGUGUGCUCUGGUUUCAACCUCUGAAAUUUGAGAAUGAACUGUGUGUGACUGUGCAUUAUAAUCAGACUGUUCCGGAUUACCUGAAAGGACUGUUCCACGUACUGAAUCAGGAUAUGAUGAGUGAGAGUCAGCUCCAGCAAGUGUCAAAGUUGGCAGCUCUGCAACAACAGGCAAAAGACAGUCUGUAUCUGCCGACAAUCCGUGUGGUGCAGGAAUGCAUCCCUCCUCAGAUUUACCAGUACCAGCGGCCACAAUCCUGGUUGAACAUGGUGACGCAGAAUAUCCAACAUGUUCAGGCCCUCAGCUCUCACCAGGCCAGAGCCCAGUUGCUUGGAAUUGUGAGUGGAUUCCCCAUGUUUGGAUCCUCGUUCUUCUACAUUCAGAGCAGCAGUAACAGUGCAAUUGUUGCCCCUUGUAUUCUGGCUGUCAACCAGAAUGGACUCAAUUUCCUUAACAAGGAGACACAUGAGCUAAUGGUCAAUUUCCCAUUGAAAGAGGUACAGUCCACCCUGACUCAACAAUCAGGCCCUAGCAACAGCUAUCCAUACGCAGAGAUUAAACUGGGAGACUUGAUGUCCCAAAGAAUAGCACAACUUCAACUUGAUCAGGCUCCAGAAAUGUGUCGUGUCACAGCCAUGCAUGUGGAGUCCAUGCUGCAGGCUCGUGAGAAAAGACUGACCCUCCCACCCAGUGAGAUUACCUUGCUGUGAUUGGUGCUGACCACUGCACAAUUGCACCCAGUGUGGAAGGAACUGAAACUGGAACUGUCAGCCUCACAAUUUCAUCACAGUCUGCAAGGCAAGACCACAGAUAAAGAUACUAUCUGCCACCAAUUGACACAUUGGAAGCAGCCAGAUAUUAAACACACAGAUAUUAAAAGAAAUCAUCUCAAGAGCUUCCAUUUGAUGACAUACAGCUGGCUUCCUGAAGGAACACCAAAAAGUGCUCGUAAACUUUUGUAGUAUCCCAGCCUGUUCUGGUCACUAUUACGUCACCAUUCUCUUACAGUGAGAGUCUAGCCACAGAUAUGAGAUUUCCUAACGGUACACAGGGCUAUUGCUGACAUCAAAUGCAUGACUUUAACCAGCUUAACUAGCUCAGGACAUGUAACAACCUUCCACUGAAGCUCGCUACCCAAAGGAAACAUGUUCCAGUCAGUAAGUAAAUGAAUCAGGGACAGCGUUAACACAAUGCUACAGAUCUUCAAUUACCGGUAGAAUUUUGUGUCCAACCUAACUACUCAGACUGCACACUGCAAUGUAGACUUCUUUAUUCCUUGCUCUUGUUGGGCACACCCAUUUUGUUUCCUUAAACUUGCAGUUGUAGUUCUUUUUUUCCCUUGUGUUUGCUUUCAAAAGUCAACUUCAUCAUGUCAUUCACACCUACUCUAGACAAAUCUUUUGCUUCUUUCCUUGUCCCAUUGCCACUAACUUUGUCCCUCCACCGCUAGUUCUUUCGCCUUUUAAUCUCUCCCGUCUUCUAUCCUGCUCCCUUUUCACUCACUUAAAACCUGAUUACAUUGCUAGUUUUUAACAGUACCGAUGAAAGGUCAUCAAUUUAAAAGAUUAACUCCGUUCUUCUCUACACAAAUGCUUCCAGAUCCAUGAAGGAAUUCUAGCAUUUAGCUUUUGUGUUACAGAUCAAUCUAUUCCUCACCAAAUCUCCAUUGAUUUUUCACUAGGUAUCAGUGAUCAGGAAGAAAAUUCCAAAUGAAUACAUCUUGGAACAUUACACACCCUGCUCCUUGGAAAUAGUCAGCAGGUCUGGCAGCAUCUUAUAGACUGAUAGGCUCUUUACGGUGUGGAAGCAGGCCAUUCAGCCCAACAGGUCUGCACCAACUCUCCAGACAGCUUCCCACCCAGAUUCACCUCCACCCCCAAACCCACCCUGUCCCUGUAACCCUGCAUUUCCCACAGCAAAUCCCCCUCGCCUACAUAUCCCUGGACACUACGGGCAAUUUAGCAUGGCCAAUCCACCUAACCUGCACAGCUUUGGACUGUGGGAGGAAACCCAUGCAGACACAGGGAGAAUGUGCAAACUCCACACAGGCAGUCAGUCAAGGUAGGAAUUGAACCUGGGUCCCUGGUGCUGUGCGGCAGCAGUGCUAACCAUUUGAGCCACCCUGUUGCUCCCUGUGGACAGAGAUACAGAAUUAAUAUUUUAAAUUGAUGAUUGCUUAAUCAGAACUAGUUCUAAUGAAUGGAAAUAGUUUCUCCAAAUCUACAUUAUUUAUUUUCUUACCAUCUUGAAAACUUCAAUCAAAUCACCUCCUCACCAUUUAAUUCCAGGGUUUUGUAAUCUUACAUCAUAGUUUAACCUUUGGAGUCCAGGUAUCAUUCCUAAUGUCUAGGUUGCAUUCCCUCCUAAAAUAUCAGUGGGCAUCCUUCCUAAGCUGUGGUGUCCAAAGAUGUUCACACAUCUGCAGGUAUGUUCUAAUCAGAGCUUUUUAUAUUUAUAUAGUUGGAGUGUAACUUCCACCCUUAUGAAUCCACUACUUUAGGUAUACCAUUCCAUUCGCUUUUGAGAUUGUUUUCUGUACCUUUUCUUGACGCUUUAAUAAUCUUAUGUAUCUGGCUCACCACAUUUCUUUGGACCUUCAAUGUCUGCAGCUUUUUACCAUGAAUAAAGUAUUCUGGUUUAUCUUCUUUAGGAACAUAGGAGCAGGAGGCAGCCAUUCAGUCCAUCAAGUCUGCUUCACCAUUUAUUAUAGUCGUUCAUGACUUAUCAUGCACUUCAAUGCCUUUUUCCAACACUGUCCACAUAUCCCUUUGUGCCAUUGACAGACUGAACUUCCACAGCUCUUGAGAUAGUGAAUUCCAAUGGUUCACAAUCCCCUGAGUAAAAUAUUCCUCAUCUCACUCAUAAGGGGUUUCAUCCUUAAUUUAAAAUCAUGAUUCCUGCUUCUAGGCUGCCUAGCAAGGGGAAAUAUCUUACCUGCAUUUAUUCUUUCUGAUCUUCUAAAUAGCCUGUCAGAUUUACUGAGAUCACCUUUCAUUCUUUGAACCUCUAGUGAAUACAGGACUACUUUCUCCAAUCUCUCUGCAUAGGACAGUCUCACCAACCUGAGAACAAGUCUGGUAAACCUUCAGUGCACUCCUUUUAUAGUAAUAAUAUCCUUCCUGAGGUAAAAGAUGACAAAACUAAACACAAUACUCCCAAAUGCAGAUGAGCUAAGAUGUAAGACUACACUGCUGUAUUUGAAUUAUUCUGCCAUCUAAAGGAGAUGAUGUCAUAUUUGACUACAAUGAAAGCUAUUUGCCAGUCCUGCCCAAUCACUUACUCUGUUAAUAUCUUAAUAAUUUUCUGAUUGAUUGUGUCUAUCCUGUUUAAGGAGGUCUUGUGAAAGCAGUGAGUAGUCUCUGGAAUCUCUGGGUUCUGGUCCCAUCACAGGACUUGAGGGCCAAGGAAGGUGUAUUCACAAUGCAGCCAAACAGGUUGAUCAUCGACCUGCAAAUCCUUACAACUCCUGUGAAUGGAAGGUGGUGAGUGAGAGAUUUGGGGUCAACAAUGUGGUGGGAUGAAAGUUGGAACUUCUCCCAUCACUAUCCAUUGCUCCACACUACAACAUGCAUAUAAAAGUGUUUGUUGCCUCAGUAACUCAGACUGCCUGAGUAAUCUGCAAUAUACAGCUACACUGUCUAAAAAAUUGCCUAUCUUUGUAUCACUAGCAAAUUUCAAUGUGUGUCUUUUCACUCCAUUGCCUAAAUUGUAAAGAAGAACAAUGAAUAGGUGCAGCUUCAACAUAGAACCAUUUAGGAUAGUUGUAAUUUUGCUUAUUUUAAUGUGGCUCUGACAUCAUUAAUAAUUAGUGUAAUUAAGGAAACAAUCCUGUCAUCAUAAGUCCCAUAUGUCACUGACACUGUCUCGUCACACUUUUAGUAAAGGUAAGCAAACAGCAUUCUUUUUUAACCAAGAAUCCUCCAAAUCUUGUACUCAAAGAUCACACAGACAUAUAAAAUAUUUCUUUAAAUAUACUUGUUGAACUUUGUAUUGUUAGAAUUUUUUAAUUGUCAAAUUGAUGUGGUGAAAAGUGCAAUAAGUAUAAACUCUUUUUAAAGAGAAAUUUUGAAAAUAUUCAAUACUGUUGGAUGUCAUUUUGCAAUCUUUGUUUAUG